AUGGUCCUCGUCGUACUCGCCACCUUGUCCUAUGGCCUCCCCGCCGCCCGCAGCGACAUCGACUUCAUCGCCCGCACAUGCAAGAAGACCACUAACCCCGCGUUGUGUGUGGCUGUGCUAAGCGCCGACCCAAAGAGCAGCCACGCGUCCACCGAGCAUGACCUCGCCAGCGUCGCCCUGCAAAUCGCCACCAGCACCGCCAAGAAGAACGCUGCAGUCAUCUGUGACCUAGGCGCUUCAACGGUGGGCAAUAUGCCGAGACACUCAUCUCCGGUGGCCGACAUGGAUCGCGAGACGACGGAGCGGUGCGGCGUUGCGGGCGACCUCAUCGGCCUGCUCAUCACCAAGUGA